AUGGAGCUGCUGGAGAUGUUAGCUGUGGAGCCCAGCGGUCUGUCUGUCUCAGUCGCCCUCUUCCUCAUCUUCCUCGUACUCCUGUACUGCACAAUGGCCACCUCGGAAUGAUGGGGCGCGGAAUCAGAUGGUGUCAGAGAAGAAUUCCAGACAUGUCCAGCUAUGAGCACACAUGAGGAGCACACACACACACACGUGACACACACACACACACACUCUCCCUCACUCAGACACACACACACACACACACUCUCCCUCCCUCGCACACACACACACAUCCUAGUCUGUACAUGCCUGUCUAAUGAGAAUAGCCCCUUGUUAAUGAAUAACCUCCACCUCUCCAGUCUCCACUUCUCCACCCCUUCUCCACUGACUCUACACCAUCCUCACCCCUUCUCCUCUGACUACACCAUCCUCCACCCCUUCUCCUCUGACUACACCAUCCUCCACCCCUUCUCCACUGACUACACCAACCUCACCCCCCAUCCUCCAGACAGGGCUGUGGCUCACACCAUCAGGCCCCCUUCAUCUGCUGCUGGAUCCCUGUGGUACUCGGUCUACCCCUACUCUGUUCUGGCUCGCUGUGGAAUCGGACAUCCCAAGCCGUCGCCGUUCUUCGGGAACAUGUUCAUGUUUCGCCAGGGGUUCUUCGGCUGCCACACGGAGCUGGUGAAGCAGUACGGCAGGGUGUGUGGGUACUACCUAGGUAGGAGGGCAGUGGUGGUUGUUGCAGACCCUGACAUGCUGAGAGAGAUCAUGGUGAAGCAGUUCACCAGCUUCCCCAACAGAAUGACCAUCCGCUCUGCCACCAAGCCCAUGAGCGACUGUCUGCUGAUGCUGAAGAACCAACACUGGAAGAGGGUCCGCAGCGUCCUCACCCCCUCUUUCAGCUCUGCCAAGAUGAGAGAGAUGGUUCCUCUCAUCAACACGGCCACAGAGUCCCUGCUGAGGAACCUGGAGGUCCAUGCCGAGUCAGGGGAGAGCUUCGACAUCCACAGGUGUUUUGGCUGUUUCACCAUGGACGUGAUUGCCAGUGUAGCCUUCGGUACCCAGGUGGACUCCCAGAACGACCCGGAAGACCCCUUCGUCCACCACGCCCAGAAGUUCUUCUCCUUUUCCUUCUUCAGACCCAUCAUGUUCGUGUUCAUUGCCUUCCCGUUUCUCAUCGCCCCCCUGGCCAACAUCAUCCCUAACAAGAGGAGGGAUGACAUGAACAGCUUCUUCAUCAGCUGCAUCCAGAAGAUCAUCACACAGAGAGAUGAGAGUCCCCCUGAGCAGCGCCGGCGAGACUUCCUCCAGCUGAUGCUGGACUCGCGGAGCAGUAGGGACUGUGUGUCCCUGGAACACUUUGACGUGGUGAACCACGCAGACGAACUUCCGCACGCCCCCCGGGAGGGCGUCCAGGAGCCACCCAGGACGUCUCAGGGCCAGAAGAGGCAGAUGACGGAGGAUGAGAUUGUGGGUCAGGCGUUCAUCUUCCUGCUGGCCGGGUACGAGACCAGCAGCAACACGCUGGCGUUCAUCUGCUACCUGCUGGCCAUCCAUCCUGACUGCCAGCUCAGGCUGCAGAGAGAGGUGGAUGACUUCUAUACCAGACACGACGCGCCAGACUACGCCAACGUCCAGGAGCUGAAGUAUUUGGACAUGGUGAUCUGUGAAGCCCUUCGUCUCUACCCUCCAGGAUUCAGGUUUGCUCGAGAUGUGGACCAGGACUGCGUGGUGAAUGGACAGUUCCUCCCCAAAGGAGCAACCCUGGAGAUCCCAGCCGGCUUCCUCCACUACGACCCCGAACACUGGCCCGAACCUGACAAGUUCAUCCCGGAGAGGUUCACCCCAGAAGCCAAGGCUAACAGACACCCGUUUGUCUACCUGCCGUUUGGGGCGGGACCACGGAGCUGUGUGGGAAUGCGAUUGGCCCAGUUGGAGAUUAAAAUGUCGCUGGUCCAUGUCUUCAGGCGAUUCAACAUUGUGGCGUGCUCUGACACCAAGGUUCCUCUGGAACUGAAGUCCUUCACCACUCUUGGACCCAAGAACGGCAUCUACGUGAAGAUCACCAGGAGAGAUCCUGAGGAUGUGGCAGUGACUCCCUCACCGCAGGCAUAGCACACCAGCACACACAUAGCAAUAACUAUGCACAUAAUGUAGAUAUAUGACAUAACAGGUUGUUUAAUUUGAGAUUUAAAAUAAGUUUAAAGUGCCUAGUGUUGUUCCCUAAGGGACUGCACUAGUGAGCGGCUCUAUAAGAGAGCGGCUCUAUAAGAGAGCGGCUCUAUAAGAGAGCGGCUCUAUAAGAGAGCGGCUCUAUAAGAGAGCGGCUCUAUAAGAGAGCGGCUCUAUAAGAGAGCGGCUCUAUAAGAGAGCGGCUCUAUCAUCUCUGGAGGCCCUGGCAGUAGACAUGACCACGAGAGGUCAUCCAAAGACAGCGUGCCUUU